AUGUCUCGGGAUGAGUUGAUGAUGAAGCCUGCGCUGGAGUCACCACCACUGCCGUCGUCAACACCACCACCACCACCACCGCCGCCGCCGACAGGAGAGAAGAAACUUGAGAAUGGGAACAGCAGCACCACCAGCGAGAACGAUGAUGAUUUGGAAGAAGUUGAUCUAGGGGUGGAACGAGGGGUAGGCCAAGAAAAGUGGAAAAGGCUUCUUUUGUGGCAGCCGCCGCGUACGAGGUGGGAUGAGAGGAAUCCGCCGAGGUUUACGGUUUGGAUCAAUUUGCUGUUUGGAUUUGCCGCCUGCUUCACCGUCUCGAAUCUGUACUACAACCAGGCCAUCCUCAACCGGAUCGCGGAGUCGUUUUCCGUCUCGUUUGAGAGGGCAUCUGUGGUUGCAACGCUCAUGCAGGCUGGGUAUGCGAGUGGGCUGUUGUUGAUUUGUCCGCUGGGGGAUGUCUUCCCCCGGAGGCCGUUUAUCCUCUGCUUGGUUUUGUUGACGGCGCUGCUGUGGAUUAUCCUGUGUACGACGCAAUCUUUUACGGUUUUUAUUGUCGUGAGCUAUAUCUGCGGGGCGACGACUGUUACGCCGCAGCUGAUGCUGCCUUUGGUGGGGGAUCUGGCGCCAAAGGAGAGGAGGGCGAGUUGCCUGGCGGUUGUAGUUUCUGGCUUGGGGCUGGGGGUGUUGGUGGCGAGGAUAUUGGGCGGGGUGAUGGCGAAUUAUACCGAGUGGAGGGGUAUAUACUGGUUUGGGUUGGGGGUUCAGUUUGUUGUUUGGAUGGGGUUGUAUUUUUGGAUGCCGGAUUACCCUUCCAAGAACCCGACUGCAUUGAAGGGGGUGACGGGGUAUGGGAAGUUGCUGUGGGGGAUUGUGGUGUUGAUGGUGACGGAGCCGUUGCUUUGCCAGGCGAGCAUUGUGGCUUUUUGUCUCAGUGCCGUCUUUACGAGCUACUGGACAACUCUAAGCUUCCUGCUCAGCCGGCCGCCGUAUGAGUACAGCUCGAUGGUUAUUGGACUCUUUGGGUUGAUUGGGGUGGCGGUUAUCUUGUUGGCGCCUGUUUACUCGCGGUUCGUCAUAGAUAAGGUAAUGCCGUUGGUAUCAGCCCUGAUGGGGCUUGGGUUAGAGCUGGCUGGGGUGAUCGUGGGUACUUUUACCGGAGGGUUUACGGUGGCAGGACCGGUGAUUCAGGCAAUAACAAUCGAUCUGGGGAGUCAGUUUACGCAAAUUGGGAACAGGGCGGCGAUAUACAGUCUGAGACCAGACGCACAGAAUCGUGUGAAUACGGCAUACAUGGUUGCGGCGUUUUCUGGGCAGCUGACGGGAACAGCAGUGGGUAAUCGUCUUUUUGCGCAGGGUGGUUGGACUUGGAGUGGAAGUUGCAGCAUUGGGCUAUUGGUGUUCGCCAUUCUGGUGUGCCUUGCCCGAGGCCCGAAAGAAACUGGAUGGGUUGGUUGGUCAGGUGGGUGGAUGAUUGGAAGAGACGAUCUGCCAGUAAAGAACUCGAAGAAUCCUCCAGACGAAGAGGCUGUAUUGCACAAAGAGGAUUCGGAUGGCAGGAAGGGUAGACAACAAAUGUAA